AUGCAGCUCUUCCUUAUCAACUUUAUCUUGGUCGUCUACACCCUAUCAGCCUUUGUCCGUGCCGAUGCUGUUACAGAUGCAAUUCACUUGCAGGGCCUCGCUUCCAAUACGGCGGAUACUGUUUUUGCUUCGUUGAACGGGACUGCUUAUCUCGUGGGUUAUGCAAGGUUGAUGGAAGAGGUGAAGACUGACGAGCUCAGANACACAUCGGAUCUUGUCUCUGGAGUCAGCGCCGCCAUUCAAGGAGCAGAUUCGAGCAUGAUGUCCAAUGUCGUUCGUAUUGCCUUGAUUCUCAAUUCAUCAUUGGGUGCCUUGUUGACCAGCUGUAGUNCCUCUCCGGGCAACGCCAACAUCAUAAUUAACGAUGCCUACUUCAACAAUCUGUCUUCUGCCGUCUCUGUAAGUCUUGACUUUAGGCUUCUGUUCAGCGGUUUUACUAACGUAUUGUACAGANCUUAUGGUCACGACCUCACUUCAAGAAACUUGAUUCAGAGAAACAGUACCAUCCGUACUUUGACUACUGGCAGUGCUAUCGUCAGAGCACAAAGUGCAUGGGCCAACAACCAGAACUAUCCCGGCAAGCGGGAGACUUCGAGCUGGUCGGGUUGA